AUGCCUGUCGACAAUGACCGUCGGGCACACUACGCCCAGCAAUAUCGCCCUCCUCGUCUAGGUCCUUUUCUUGAUCCAGAAAGCCUCAAGCGCCGCAACUACACCUGCGACUCUUCCUCUCUGUCCCCAUCUACUGACCUUCCAGGCUCCUCUGAGUCCAUAUUUAAUGCCAUCAAAGUCACCAGUCCAGAAGGAAGCACCCCAGUGUCUGGAACCGCCUACAAUAUGGGUCCCGUCAUGGAAGAAGGACUAGCAGCCAACAUCGCCAUGUUCAUUCCAUCAACUUCCUCCAACGAUGACCACCCAUCAGCCGAACGCUAUUCUGCCGGAAAGGAGAGACGUCGAGUGGACACUGUCUGGUGGCGUAACCAGAUGCUAUCUGACCAGUCCUCGCACUACACGCCGCACCUGGGCGCCGGCCCCUUUACCGAAACAAUUUUGACAGCAGACGCUGCUUGGAACCUGCAUCGAAAGGCCAUUUCCCUCGAUACAGUAGGAGGAAAUCAGCAUGUUCCCCGGUGGCCUGAGAAUCUGGGUUCUGCUGUUUCGACUUUUCGGCCUCAAUAUCCACCACCGGAGAGACAGCCUACGCCCCCAGGACUUCCGUCGUUCAAUACUCCAGAGGCUAUGUACUACUCUGCGCAAUUCCUGGUCGGACAAAACGGCGGACGCCAUAUGUGCGGCGUCAGCCAACAUACACAGUCAUAUGGCGAUGCGCUUCUGCGGUUCUUUAACCUGUCACCAUCAAAUGAAACCGCACCGGGUGGUCUGUCUGUUGCUGGAAUUGGACGAGCAGAAGAUGGGACUAUUGUCCAAGGUCGGUUUCCAUAUCGACAAAGUGGCCACGGAAUAAAUCUAGCUCGGCAGCUAAACGAUCACCCAUUUCACCAGAGCAAUCUUCCCAUCGCUGAGAAUGAGACCGAGCAAUUGAGACAAGUGAUGGGAACUGAGGGGACAAGUACCAAGAGUCCCGUGUAUCCUUCUAGGAGGCGUAUUCGGAUAUAUACGCCUCCUUCAAUUGGCCGUCUGUGGCCAUUUUCAGAUUCCACUUCUGGAUCUGCUAUUCCACCACGUCCACGGAAGCAAGGCAGGGCCAUUACACUGUUCAGUCUCCAGCGGAAUGCGCCUACUCAAAAUGGGUCCACAUCUGCUCCAUCUACGGUGGAAUCAUCUGUUCAUGACGUGGGGGUGAUAGGAAAUCAGAUCUCGCCUACUUCUCCAUUACAAUCAGUUCAUACCCAAGCUAUCCCAGGGGACCUCGCAGAUGAAGAGCUCCCCGAAACAGGGUACUCGAAUUUUGAUCUUCUCUCCUGGUUACCCGCUCAAUUCUGUCUCUGCUGCUCGGGACGUCGCAUUUCCAAGAACCGCCACAGUAUGGAGCCUCUCGAGGUCGUUACGACCGGUGAGACAUAUUUGACUGCUCGCGAAGAUCAGCAUCGCAGGAAGUGGGGGUCGUCUUGGAUUUCGUGCUGGUCCAGUCUCGUGUGUCCUGGUGCUCUACUCUCCGGUCAAUCUGCUCGUUGA